AUAUUUGGUACCUAUAUAGAGAAUGUGGACUGUCCCAUGUAUAUUUGUAACAUAGUUAAGUUUCUUGUUAGUUAUAAGAAGCCAUGUUUAUUUCUAUUCUUUAAUAUUAUGCCUUAUUGUGAUGUGUGUUUUUCAUACCAGACAAAUUUACACCGGAAAAUUAAUUUGCCGCUAAAAUGAAACAGUUCAAAAUGAACGUUUAGGAUCACAAAUACCAUCAUCGAUUAUAUUGAUGAUGUUAUUACGGGUUCGGAAAGUAAAUAUUCAAGUAAAGUACUUUCUGCUUGCUCCAUUAUUUGGGAACCUAAUAAAACAUAAGAAAAAUAGUCAUGCAAAUAUAUGAUCUGAAUGGCUAAUAAAACCCUGAAAUAUGGAUAUGAAAGGAAUUCAAGAAACAGAUAUUUCACGAGAAAUUUCUGAACAAGCAGUUACUAAAUUGGUAAAUUGUGGGAUCAUAUGUCGAGUCUGCGCCAAAGAGAGCGAUAAACUCAUUGCAAUAUUUGGUGAAGAUGGCACAUCUAAUGAAUUGGCAAUGAAAAUGAACCUUUAUUUGCCAAUAAAGGUACUUGAAACAGAUGAGAUGCCCCUUCAAUGCUGCUGGCCUUGUGCAUCAACUAUAUUAGCUUGGCACGAUUUGGUUCUCUCCUGUGUAGAUGCAGACAGAAGGUUGAGAUCUUAUAAUUUUAUUGUUUCUGAGAAACAAUUGCCGGAACCUACAUUUACGGACGAGAGGGUCUUAAGCAGUGGCGUUGUUGAUAUGGUGGUGACAUCCGGUAAUGAAAAUCAAAACGCAUUUAAUGGAUCUCAUCUGUCUCACGAAGCUUUAGUCGAUUCUAACGUAAUAGAAAGCUUUAAUUUGGCUCUGCAAAGUAAUAACGCAAAAUCAAUAGUAGACUGCUCCCAAGCUUUGACAUUAGACACUUCCCAGAAUAACUACGAUAUUGUUGAAGAAAGAGAUGCGUUAGGCGAACUGCUGUCCCCAAACUCUUCGGUUUCUUUCAAAGACGAAUCUCACCAAGGCACGAAUUGCGAUGAGAAAGGAGCAAUUAGCGACGACAGUGAAGACGAGAGCAUGUACAGAUAUGCGUGUUCCUUUUGUUCAAAUUUAUUUAUUUCCGAAUGUGAUAUAAGAAUUCAUUUAAAGGAAUACCACCCAGACGCCGAUACUACCGAUAUUUCUUUUGAUGUGUCCGAAGUACCCAGGAGUUUAGAGAGAACAUGCGGUUCGUCACCAGCGAUACCGAUCCUUAAACAAAGGAAUAGAAAAAACAAUAAAAUAGACCAGGAGGUAGUAAACGCUGCUAAAAUGGUGGUAGAGGGUAAGAUUUAUUAUAACUGUAAGGAGUGCGGAAAAAGUUUACAUUCACCUUAUACGUACGUGUGGCAUAUGAGGAUUCACACCGGCGAAAGACCAUAUGUGUGCGAUCUCUGUGGAAAACAAUUUAGAGUCUCUCAAGGAUUGGUUAGGCAUCUGAAAGAAACCCACGCGAGGAUCAAAAAUUUUGCGUGCGACAUUUGCAACAGGUAUUUCGCCACGAGAAGGAAUGUGGAAGAACACCGGAGAAUACACACAAACGAGAGGCCGUACGUUUGCGACUUAUGCGGUAAAUCGUUUAAACAGAAGGCUUCUUUGUUUGUUCAUAAUCGGUCUCACACGAACCAUUUCCCCUUCAAGUGUAAUCAUUGCCCACAAGCUUUUAGAACCAAACCGUUGUUAAUGUUGCACGUUACUAGACACACCGGCGAAAAACCUUAUCCCUGCGAUAUAUGCGGACGGCGUUUCAGGAUUAAAUACGAGUUGAAACGUCAUAAACUCAUCCAUUCCGACGAAAAACCAUUUACCUGCAACAUGUGUGCCCUGGGAUUUAGGCAGAAAAGGUACUUGCGAAAUCACUUAAAACUAAACCAUCAAAUUGAAGAGCCGAUAGAUGUCGAGUUGCAUUCGUCAGAUGCAGUAAGUUGAUAUUCUCGUGACGUUUGCCCGUAACAUAGAGACUGAAUGAUGAUAUUAUUGAUUAGUUUUGUACGGUAACCCAGAAGGUUAGAGUGUAUAUAAGAAUUGUAUAAGUAAUGAAUGUUUCCUUGGAAUAUUGUUUAUACCUACUCAAAGAGUUUCCACUUCCUAAGCCAUGUCAUAAUUCUUGUUGAUUUCUGAAUUUAUCAGA